AUGGAUGGAAUUCCAGCAGCACCCAGGGUUGCACUAUGGAUAAUAUUAGCUUUGAGUGUACAUCAGGUGGCAUUAGGAGCAUCAACUGUGACUAACAGAGCAAAAACAGAUAUUGCAAAUGAAGGAGAAACAAGACCUCAAAUAGAAUCAGCACCAACUGAGAAAAUGAUGUCACCACCAGCAUCGACCAAUACUACCUUAACAACAAUCAGAUUUCCUAUGAGUACAAAAGAGAUGGAUUCAAUCACACCUAACUUUGAUUGUAUAACAGUGUCAGAAAUAACAUCGACUCUAACCACAAGAAGUACCACUCAACCCACAAUACCAUUAGCUUCUACAAUAGUAGACAACAAAGCAACAGGCAAGUCUCAAUCAAUAUCUGUGCCAAAAUCUACUUAUCAAGAAAGUACAUCAGAUACUGAAAUAUCAACAUACUCCUUGAUUACUAGUUCAAAAACACAGGAGCAAGCAUCAACAUUCAAAUCUGAUUCCACAAAAAUAUCAGAAAUUAUUUCUGCAGAGAGCAGAAGAGCAGCGCUGAGCACUACUCCCAGAACACAGGGAAACACAAAAGACAUGUCCCAGUCCACAGAUCUGCAAGAAACUACUUCACAAGAAAGAACAAGAGAUACUGUGAUAUCAAAAACCUCUUUAAUUAGUGCUCCUACAACACAAGAACAAUCAGCAACAUUCAGAUCUGAUUCCACAACAACACUGGAAAUUAUUUCUCCUGACAUUAAGGCAAGCAAUGACAUGUCAACAAUGAAGCCAGCAAGUUCUGUUACAACACAGGAGGAAUCAACUGCACUGCAAUCAGUAUCUAAUACAAAACCACAUAUUACUUCUCUUGAAAUCAGAAUUACCAUGGAACCAACAAUAGCAUUGAACACUUCUCCUAAAACACUGGGGGACACACCAGCACAUACAUCUCAAGUCACACCUGUUCCAGAAACAGCUUCACAAGAAAGUAAAACAGAUACAGCAAUGUCAGCAACCUUAUCAAGUAGUACUCAUACAACAAAAGAGCAAUCAAUAAGAUUCCCAAAUGAUUCCACAACAAUAACAGUUACUAUCUCUCCAGGCAUGCAGACAAGCAACACCAUAUCAGGUAGUUCUAGCACAACACAGGAGGAAUCAACUACAUCCCAUUCACAAUCCACUACAAAGCCUGAAAUUAUAUCUCUCAACAUUACAAGAACCACUGAACAAACAACAGCAAAAAGCACUGCUUCUAAAACACUAGGGGACACAACAACAGAGAAGUCUCAAUCCACAACUGUGCCAGAAACAACUUCACAAGAAAGUAAAACAGAUACUGCAACACUGACAACCUCCUUGAGUGGUGUUCCUACAACCCAAGAGCAAUCAACAAGAUUCAAAUCUGAUUCCUCAACAACACCAGAAACAUCUUCUCUAGACAGCAGGGCAAGCAAUGUCAUAGCAACAACCAUACCAAGUAAUUCUACUACAACACAAGAGAAAUCAACAGUGUCCCAGUCAGAAUCCAUUACAAAGCCAGACAUCACCUCCCUUGAAAUCAAAACAAGUGCCAUAAAACUAACAAUGUUGAACACUCUUCCUACAACACAAGAGAACACAACAACAGAGGCAUCUGAAUCCACAAUUAUGCAAGAAAAAACUUCCCUAGAAACUACAACUCCAUCCUUGAGUAGUGCUUCUGCAACACAAGAGCAAUCGACAACAUUCAAAUAUGAUUCCAUGACAACAUCAGGAGCAAUUUCUCCAGACAUCAGGACAAGCAACAUCAUACCAACAACCAUGCCAGGUAGUUCUGCUACAACACAGGAGGAAGCAACUUCAUCCCAAUCACAAUCCACUACAAAGUCAGAGAAUACCUCUCUCACAAGGACAAGUACCAUGGAACCAACAACAGCACUGAGCACUCCUCCUGAAACACUAAGUGACACAACAGUAGACAAAUCUCACUACACAACUGUGUCAGAAACAACUUCUCUAGAAAGUACAACAUAUAUUCCAAUAUCUCUAGAAACUAUAUCAGUUACUGCAAAAUCUACAACUUCCUUGGGUAGUACUCCUACAACACAAGAGCAAUCAACAACAUUCAAAUCUGAUUCCACAAGUAUAUCAGAAAUAAAUUCUCCAGACAGCAGAACAAGCAGUGGUGCACCAACAACCAUGUCAGAAAGUUUUGCUGUGACACAGAAGCAAUCAACUAUACACCAGUCAGAAUCAACUACAGUGCCUAACAUUAUCUCUCUCAAAAUCACAAGCAGUAUGCAACCAACAACAACACUGAGCACUCAUCCUGAAACACUAGAGGAUAGAACAAAAGACAAGUCUCACUCCACAACUGUGUCAGAAAUAACUUCCCAGGAAAAUAUAACAGAUAAUGUGAUAUCAACAAUCUUCUUGACUAGCAUUCUUAUAACAAAAGAGCAAUCAAUAUUGAAAUCUGAAUCUACAACAACACCAGAAAUAACUUCUCCAGAUAGCAUGACAAGCAACGUCAUGACAGCAAUCAUGUCAAGUAGUUCUGCUAAAACACAGGAGAAAUCCAUGAUGCCUCAUUCAGAAUCCACUGCAAAGUCAGAUUCUGUCCCUCUGGAAAUCACAAGUACCAUGGAAACAACAACAGACUUCGUCACUUCUGCACCACUAGGUGACACAGCAAUAGAUAAGUCACAAUCCACAACUGUGCCAGAACUAACUUCUCAGGAAGAUACAACAGAUUAUGCAAAAUCAACAACAUCCCUGAGUAGUGUUCUUGCAACACAAGAAGAUUCAAUCACAUUGAAAAUGGAAUCCACAAUUUCAGAAAUAGUCUCUCCAGAAAACUGGACAACAAGCAUCACACCCAUAACCAAGACAAGUAGCUCUGCUACAGUACAGAAGGGAUCAAAUACGUUUCACUCUGAAUCCACUCUGCAGUCAAAGAUUACCUAUCUGGACAUCACAACAAGUACUAUAGAUCCAAUAAGAGCUCUGAUCCCUUCUUCCACAACACCAGAAGACACAAUAACAGACAAGUCACAUUCCACAAUUGUACCAGAAACUACUUCUCAAGAAAAUACAACAGAUACUGUGAUAUCAACAACCUACUUGAGCAGUCAACCUAAAACAGAAUCACAACCAAGAACAUUCAAAUCUGAUUCCACACCAAAACCAGAAACAUCUUCAGGGAACUGGUCAAGCAACAGCAUACCAACAACCAUAAAAAUGAGUUCUGCUGCCAGACACACAGAAGCAACCAUGGUUUAUACUGAAUCCACUUUUACCCCUAAAUUUACCUCUCAGAAAAUCACAAGUACUAUGGAUCCAACACCAAUCUUGAUAACUUCUCCUGGAACACGAGGAUACACAACAACAGACAAGUCUCAAUCCUCAUCUGUGUCAGAAACAACUUUUCUAGAAAGUACAACAGAUACUACAAUAUCAAUGGCCACCUUCAGCGGUAUUCCUACAACACAAGCACAAUCAACAACUUUCAAAUCUGAGUCCACAGUAAUGCCAGAAAUAUCUUCUCCAGACAGCCAUGCAAGCAGCACCAUACCAACAACCAUAACAGUGAGUUCUGAUUCUAUACAGAAGGAAUCAACUGCAUUUCACUCUGAAUCUACCAUAAAGACAGACACUACCACUCAUGAAAUCACAAGGACUGUGGAACCCACAACAGUCGCUUCUCCUGCAACCCUAGGGGACAAAACAGCAGUUGAGUCUCAAUCAUCAACUGUAAUGGAAGCAAAUUCUCAAGAAACUACAAGAGAUACUGCAAUACCAGCAACCUCCUUGAGAAGUGCUCCAUCAACACAAGAGUAUUCUACAACAUUCAAAUCUGAUUCGAAAACAACAUCUGAAGUUACUUCUGUAAAAAUGAGGACAAGCAACAUCAUACCAACAAAUGCAACAGCAAACGUUGCUGCCACACACCAGGAGUCAGUCACAUUUGGGUCAAAAACCACUACAAAGGCAGAGAUUACCACUCUGGAAAGCACAAGUACAAUGGAAUCAACAUCAGCACUAAGCACGCCUUCUGAAACGUUAGGGCACACAACAGCAGAAAAGUCGAAGUUCAGACCUGUGCCAGAAACAACUUCUCUAGAAACUACAAUAGAUACUGAAAUGUCAACUGUCUCCUGGAGUAGUGCUCCUACAACACAAGAGCAAUCUGCAACCUUGAAAUCUUAUUCCACAACAACUUCAGGAAUUUUUUCCUCAGAUAUCAGGACAAGCAAUGUCAUGUCAGCAACCAUGGUAGGUAGUUCUACAAUACAAUCAGAAUCCACGACAAACCCAGAAAUUUCCUUUCAGGAAAUCACAAGUACCAUGGGUUCAACUACAGCCUUGAUACCCACAUCUGAUACUCUAGAGGACACAACAACAAACAUAUCUCAAUCCACAGGUGUACCAGAAACAACCUUUCAAGAAAAUACAGCAGCUAUUGUAAUAUCAAAGCCUUCCUCCAAUACUGCCUCUUCAACACAAAAACAAUCAACAACAUUCCAGUCUAAGUCCACGACAGCAUCAGAAAUUACUUCUCCAGAGAGCAGGACAACCAACAUAACAAUAGCAAAUAUAACACGUAGCUCUUCUCUUAUACAUGAGGAAUCAACCAUAUUCCAAUCUGUAUACACUACAAAGCCAGAGAUGAUCUCUCUGGGAAGCACAAGUGCCAUGGAACCAACAACAGCACUGAGCACUCCUUCUGAAACACUGGGGGACAGCACAUCAGACAAGUCCCGAUCCACAACUGUGUCAAAAACAACUUCCCAAGAAAAUACAAUAGAUAAUGUGAUAUCGACAACCUUCUUGAGUAGUACUCUUACAAUACAAGAGCAAUCAACGUUGAAAUCUGAUUCUGCAGCUGCACAACAAAUAACCUUUCCAAGUAACAUGACAAGAAAUAUCAUACCAACAACUAUGACAGGCAGUUCUGCUAAAACACAGGAGGAAUCAACUAUGCGUCAGUCAGAAUCCAAUACAAAGUCAGACACUAUCUCUCUUAAACUCACUAGUACCAUGGAAUCAACAACAGACAUGAUCACUACUCCUGAAACACUACAUGACAAAACAACAGACAAGUCUCAUUACAUAACUGUGCCAGAAACAACUUCACAAGAAAGUAAAACAGAUACUGUAUUUUCAACAAUCUCCUUGAUCAGUGCUCUUACAAACCAAGAGCAAUCAACAAAAUUCAAAUAUGAUUCCACAACACCAGAAACAUAUUUUCCAGACAUCAAGACAAGCAGCAUGACACCAACAGCUUUAAGAGGUUGUUCUCAUGCAACACAAGAGGAAUCGAACAUAUCCCAACCACAUUCCACUACAAAGCCUGAGAUUACAUCAUCCGACAUCACAAGUACCAUGGAAACAACUCUGAGGACCCACCCUACAAGACCAGAGGACAGAACAACAGACAAGUCUCAAGGCACAACUGUGUCAGAAACAGCUUCUCUAGAAAAUACAACUGAUACUGUGAUAUCGACAAACUCCUUCAGUAUUGCUCUUACAACAAUAGAGCAAUCAACAUCCGUCAAAUCUGAUUCCUCAACAACACCAGAAACUUCUUAUCUAGACAACAGGACAAGCAAUAUCACACCAACAACCAUAUCAAGUAGUUCUACUGCAGCACAAGAGGAAUCAACUAUGUUUCAAUCAGAAUCCACUACAAAGCCAGACAUUACCUCCCUUGAAAUAAAAACAAGUACCAUAAAACCAACAACAGUACUGAUCACUCUUCCUACAACACUAGAGAACACAACAACAUCUGAACUUACUUCUGCAAAAAACAGGACAAGCAACAUCAUGCUAACAACCAAAACAGCAAAUUCUAUUGUGACAUACCAGGGGUCAAUUACGUACAGGUCAGAAAACACUAAAAAUGCAGAGAUUACCACUCUGGAAAACACAAGUACUACAGAACCAACAACAGCACUGAGCACUACUUCUGAAUCACAAGGUCACACAACAACAGAAAAGUCUCCGUCUACAACUGUGCUGGAAACAACUUUUCUAAAAAGUACAACAGAUACUGCAAUAUCAACAACCUCCUGGAGUAAUGCUUCUACAAUGCAAGAGCAAUCGACAACAUUCAAAUCCAAUUCCACAACAAUAUCAGAAAUUACUUCUCCAGAAAUCAGGACAAGCAACAUCAUGUCAACAACCAAGGCAGGUAGUUCUGCUACAACACAGGAGGAAUCAACCAUGUUACAAACAGAAUCAACUACAAAAUCCAAUAUUACCUCUCCUGAAAUCAUAAGAACCACCAAACAAACAACAACAUUGAACACUCAUCCUGUGACACUAGGGGACACAACAACAGACAACUAUAAAUCCACAACUGUGUUAGAAGCAAUUUUCGAAGAAAAUAAAAUAGAUAAUGUGUUGUCGAAAAACUUCAUGAAUAGCACCCCUACAACACAAGAGCAAUCAACAUUCAAAUCUGAUUUUAGAACAACACCAGAAAUAACAACUGCAGGCAGCAUGACUAGCAACAUCUUGCCAACAACCAUGCCAGGUGGUUCUGCUACAACACAAGAGGAAUCAAAUAAGUUUGCGUCUGAUUCCACCAUACAGCCAAAGAUUACCUCUCUGGAAAUCAUAACCAGUACUGUGGAACCAGAAAGAGCUUUAAUCCCGUCUUCCACACUAAAAGUUACAAGAACUGACAAGUCAUAUUCCACAACUGUACCAGAAACUACUUCUCAAGAAAAUACAACAGAUACUGUGAUAUCAACAAACUACUUGAGUAGUCAACCUAAAACAGAAUCACAAUCAAGAACAUUCCAAUCUGAUUCCACACUAAAACCAGAAAGAUUUUCAGGAAGCUGGACAAGCAACAGCAUACCAGCAACCAUAAAACUGAGUUCUGCUGCCGUACACAUAGAACCAACCAUUUUCCACACUGAAUCCACUCUUACCCCUGUGAUUACCUCUCAGGAAAUCACAACAAGUACUAAGGUACCAAUACCAACCUUGAUCACUACUCCUGCAACACUAGAGCACAUAACAGCAGACAAGUCUCAAUCCCCACCUAUGUCAGAAACAACUUCUCUAGAAAAUACAACAGACACUGCAAUAUCAAUAGCCACCUUUAACAGUACUCCUACAACACAAGCACAAUUAGCAACUUUCCAAUCUGUGCCCACAAUAAUUCCAGAAAUAACUUCUCAAGACAACCAUACAAGUAGCAACAUACCAACAUCCAUAACAGUCAGUUCUGCUGCCACACAGGACGAAUUUACUGCAUUUCACUCUGAUUCUACUAUAAAGCCAGACACUACCACUCAUGAAAUCAUAGCAAGUACCAUGGAAACAACAACAGUCUUGAUCACUUCACCUGCAACACUUGGAGACACAACAACAGUCAGGUCUCAGUCCUCUACUAUAAUGGAAAAAAAUUCUCAGGAAAGUACAAGAGAUACUGAAAUAUCAACAACCUCCUUGAGCAGUGCUGCAUCAACACAAGAGUAUUCCACAACAGUCAAAUAUGAUUUGGACGCAAUCACAUUCAGGUCAGAACCCACUACAAAGGCAGAAAUUACCACUCUGGAAAUUACAAAUACCAUGGAACCAACAAUAGCACUGGGCACUCCUUCUGAAACACAAGGGUACCCAAUAGCAGAAAAGUCUCAGACCACAACUGUGUCGGAAACAACUUCUCUAGAAAAUGGGACAGAUACAGCGAUGUUGACAGCCUCCUGGAUGAGUGCUCCUACAGCACAAGAGUUAUCUACUACCUUCAUAUCUAAUUCUUCACCAACAUCAGAAACAUCUUCUCUAGAGAGCAGGACAAGCAACCUUAUAUCAACAGCCAUGGCAAGUAGUUCUUCUACAUCACAAUCAGAAUCCAAUAUAAAACCAGAAAUUACUUCUCAGGAAAUCACAAGUACCAUGGAACCAACAUCACCCUUGAGAAUGACAUCUGAUAUGCUGGGAGACACAACAACAAACACAUUACAGUCCACAGCUAUACCAGAAACAACUUCUCUAGACAGUACAACAGAUAUUAUGAUAUCAACAACUUCCUUCCGAACUGCUUCUACUACACAAAAGCAGACAUCAACAUUCCAAUCUGAUUCCACAACAGCAAUAGAAAUUACUUCUCCAGGAAACAGGACAAAUAUGAGACCAACAACUGUAACAGGUAGCUCAGCUACUCUACAAGAGGAAUCAACCAUUUUCCAGUUUGAAUCCACUACAAAGCCAAGGUUUUCCUCUCUGGAAAGCACAAGUGCUAUGGAACCAACAACAGCCCAGAGCACUCUUCCUGCAAUACUGCGGAGCACAAUAGCAGACAAAUCUCAGUCCACAACUGUGUCAAAAACAAUUUCCCAAGAUAGUAGAACAGAUAAUGUAAUAUCAACAACCUUCUUGAGUAGCAUUCCUACAAUACAACAGCAAUCAACAGUAUUCAAAUCUGAUUCUACAAGAACACCAGAAUUUAGUUCAACAGGGAGCAUGAUACCAACAUUAAUAACAGUGAGUUCUGCUUCAGUACAAGAGGAAUCACCCAUGUUUCAACCUGAAUCCACUACAAAGGCAGAUACUACCUCUUUGGAAAGUACAAGUAUCACGGAACCAAUAACUAUCUUGAUCACAGCUCCUACAACACUAGGGGAUACAACAACAGACAUGUCUGAAUCCACAUUUCUGCCAGAAAGUACUUCCCUAGAAAGUACAAUAAAUACUGUGAUUUCAGCAACCUCCUUUAGUACUGCUCCUACAACACAAGAACAAGCAAUAAUAUUCAAAUCUGAGUCCACAGCAAAAUCAGAAAUUACUUCUACCGACAGCAGGACAAAUAACAUCAUACCAACAACCAUGCCUGGCAGUUCUGGUACAACACAGGAGGAAUCAACAAUGUACCAAUCAGAAUCCACUACAAAGCCAGAUAUUACCUAUAUUGAAAUCACAAGUACCAUGGAACCAACAACAUCAUUGAGUAGUCAACAUGCAACACUAGGAGACAAAACAACAAACAAAUCCACAACUUUGUCAGAGACCACUUUGCAAGAAAGUACAACAGAUAAUGUUAUAUUGACCACCUUCUUGAGUAGCACCCUCACAACCCUAGAGCAAUCAACAUUCAUAUCUGAUUCUACAAGACCAGAAACAUCUGCAGACAGCACGAUAAGCAACUUCAUGCCAACAACCACGCCAGAUAAUUUUGUCAAAACACAGGAGAAAGCAACUAUGCCUCAAUCAGAAUCGACUACAAAGUCAGACACUAUUUCUCUCAAAAACACAAGUACCAUGGAGCCAACAAGGGACACUUCUCCUGCAGCAUUAGGUGACACAAUAACAGAUAAGUCUGAAUCCAUAACUGUGCCAGAACCAACUUCUCAGGAAAGUACAACAGGUAAUGUGAUAUCAGCAACAUCCUUGAACAGUACUCCUAGAACACAAGGAAAAUCUACAACAUUUAAAUCUGAUUCCACAAGAAUGCUAGAAAUAACUUCUCCAGACAGCAAGACAGGCAGGAUCAUAACAACAACCAUACUAGGUGGUUCUGCUAAAACACAGGCAGAAUCAACCACAUUCCAAUCAGGUUCCACUGCACAGCCAGACAUUACCUCAGCACAAAAAACACAGGAGAAAUCAACUAUGCCUCAGUCAGAAUCCACUACAAAGUUGGACACAAUAUCUCCCAAAAUCACAAGCAUCAUGGAACCAACAACAGCACUGAGCCCUUUUCCUGCAACGCUAUGGGACCCAAAAAGAGACAUGUCUCAAUCCUCAAUUAUGCCAGAAACAAAUUCACAUGAAAGUGCAACCCAUAUUGUCAGGUCAACCACCUCCUUGAGUACUGCUCCUACAACUCAAGUGCAGCCAACAACCUUCAAAUCUGAUUCUACAACAGCAUCAGAAACUAUUUCUUUAGAGAGCAAGACAAGCAGCAUCAUGGCAGCAACCAUACUGUUACAGGACAUAUCAGCUCAUGCCACAAGGAGCCCUUCCACCAUAAGCAAAAAUGCUGUGUCUGAUUCUGAUAUUACAGCAUCAUUAACAACUCCAUGGUCGAUUACUACCACAGCCAGCAUUUCAAAAGCUUCUGCUACUACAUCAGAACAAGACCUGGCAACAGUGAAGAGCACAACCAGAACAGCAUACUCUACAACCACAGAUGUUGUACUAUCUGCCACCUCCAUAUCACACACCACUUCUGCAACCACUGUGACUGCCAGGAUAGAGGACAAUAUGUCAAGAAGCAAUUCCACCACAAGUGGAAGUGUUGUGUCUACUUCUGUCACUGCAUCAUCACUAACAACUCGGCCAGUCAUUACCACCAAUGCCAUUGUGUCACAAAAUGACUCUACUACCACAAUUUCCACGGAAGGAUCCAGCUCCAGCUCCAGCUUUGCAUCCAUUGACUCCACCUCUCAUGACUCCAUUGGCACUUCUUUUCUCUCCAGUGCCUUUACAACUCCCCCAGCUGAGACCAACAGUAAUACUACAUCCUCUGCCUCCACUUCUUCUGGCUCCACUAACAUUUCUUCUUCCUCCAGCACUCCUACAUCUGCUCCAAUUGGGAUUGACUCUAAUACAACAUCCUCUGCCUCCACCUCUCUUGGCUCCACUGACAUUACUUCUCUCUCUAGCACUUCUGCAUCUCCUGCAACUGAAACCACCUCUAGUACUGCAUCCUCUGCCUCCACCUCUCUUGUCUCCACUAACAUUUCUUCUUCCUCCAGCACUCCUAUACCUGCUGCAACUGAGACCGACUCUAAUACUACAUCCUCUGCUUACACCUCUCCUGGCCCCACUAACAUUACUUCUCUCUCCAGCACUUCUACAUAUCCUGCAACUGAGACCACCUCUAAUACUGCAUCCUCUGCCUCCAACUCGCCUGGAUUCACUAACAUUUCUUAUCCCUUCAGUGCUCUUACAUCUCUCCCAACUGAGACCACCUCUAAUACUACAUCCUCUGCCUCCACCUCUCCUGGCUCCACUAACAUUUCUUCUUCCUCCAGCACUUCUACAUCUGCUCCAAUGGGGACUAACUCUAAUACAACAUCCUCUGGCUCCACCUCUCCUGGCUCCACUGACAUUACUUCUCUCUCCAGCACUUCUACAUCUCGUGCAACUGAGAUCACCUCUAGUACUGCAUCCUCUGCCUCCACCUCUCCUGGCUCCACUGACAUUCCUUCUUCCUUCAGCACUCCUAUAUCUUUUCCAAAUGGAACCUAUUCUAAUACUGCAUCCUCUGCCUCCACCUCUCCUGGCUCCACAGACAUUUCUUCCCCCUCCAGCACUCCUGCAUCUCCAUCAGCUGAGGCUAGUCCCAGCACCACUGCCUUUGCAAGACAACCAGGCAACAAUGCAACUUCAGUUUCUGGGAACACUACUUCAUUUUGGCCAUCAACUGCCAGCACAGCUACAGCAAAACCCAAAGAUGAAGCUGGCCUUCCCUUCUGGGCUAUUAUUUUGAUCGGUUUGGCUUGUGCAUUCGGUGCUGCUUUGUUGAUAUCACUUGGCUGCUUGGUUUACUAUUGCCUAAGAGCAGAGACAAGCAGCCCUGUCUCCCUUCCUCUGUAUCGGACCCACCAUGUCUUCCAGAGUUUCCGUGACUAUAGAUGGUGA